AUGAUAGUGGCAAAUACAGAUGCCACAGACAAGGACAUUUCUGGGUUUAAAUUCGCCUUCACAUUGGUGGUCUCUGGAAUCCAGUGCAUCAUUGGUGUCCUUGGGAAUGGCUUCAUUGUGGCCAUCUAUGGGGUUGAGUGGGUUAGGGACAAAAGACUCCCCAGUGGGGACUACCUUAUGUUCAUUCUGAGUUGUUCCAGGAUCUUUCUACAGAUGUGGGUGAUGCUGGACAUUACUUACAGUCUACUAUUCCGAGUCACUUAUAAUCAAAAGAUAGUGUACAUAUUCUUCAAAGUCGUCAUGCUGUUUCUGAACUAUUCCAACCUCUGGUUUGGUGCCUGGCUCAACGUCUUCUAUUGUCUCAAAAUUGCAAACUUUACCCAGCCUUUGUUCCUUAUGAUGAAGAGGAGAAUCGCCAUGUAUCUGCCUCGACUUGUGAGUCUGUCCUUGCUGGUUUCCCUGGGUUUGACCUCUCUCUUCUGUAAAGACACCUUCAAUGCAUAUGUGAAUGUCUCCCUGCCUGUUCCUUCCUCCAACUCCACUGAGAAGAAGUAUGUCUCUGAGACCAACGUAGCCUACCUGGCUUUCUUCUAUUACUCGGGAAUCUUCGUCCCUCUGAUCAUGUUCAUCCUCGCAGCCACUCUGCUGAUCAUCUCUCUCAAGAGACACACCUUACACAUGGAAAGCAAUGCCACAGGCUCCAGGGACCCCAGCAUGGAGGCUCACGUGGGGGCCAUCAAAUCAACCAGCUAUUCCCUCAUUCUCUACAUUAUCAAUGCAGUCGCUCUGUUCAUUUCCAUGUCCAACAUCUUCGACACCUACAACUCUGGGAGUAUCUCGUGCAAGUUUGUCCUGGCUGCCUAUCCUGCUAGCCACUCAGUACAGCUGAUCCUGGGCAACCCUGGGCUGAGAAGGGCGUGGAGACGGUUUCAGCACCGACUUCGCCUUUACCUUGGAGGGCAGACUCAGUAG